UCCUACAGGGGAUGUAUGACCCAGCUCUAUUUCUUUUGUUUUUUUGCUGUUAGCGAAUGUUGUGUUCUGACAUCAAUGGCCUAUGACCGUUAUGUGGCCAUCUGCAAUCCACUCUUGUAUAACAUUACUAUGUCUCCCAAGGUCUGUUCCUAUCUUAUGCUUGCUUCAUAUCUAAUGGGAUUUUCUGGUGCUUUGAUCCACACUGGAUGCAUUCUGAGACUGACCUUCUGUGACAAGAACAUCAUCAACCACUAUUUCUGUGACCUUUUCCCUUUGCUGCAGCUUUCCUGCACCAGCACCUAUGCCAACGAAAUAGAGAUUCUAAUUGUAGGUGGUAAAGAUAUCAUUGUGCCCAGUGUUAUCAUCUUUACCUCUUAUGGUUUCAUUCUCUCUAAUAUCCUUCAAAUGAGAUCCACUGCAGGAAUGUCUAAAGCCUUCAGCACCUGCAGCUCCCACAUUCUUGCUGUUUCUUUAUUCUUCGGUUCAGGUGCAUUUAUGUAUUUUCAACCCUCUUCACCUGAGUCUAUGGAUCAGGGGAAACGGUCUUCUAUUUUUUAUACUAUAUUGGUGCCUAUGAUGAACCCCUUAAUCUAUAGUUUGAGAAACAAAGAUGUUAAACUUGCCCUGAAAAAAACAUUUAGCAAGAAGAGACUUUGA